CACAGACAGGACAGACAGGACACAGUGAAGAGUGUUUUGAGGUGAGUGGCCGUAUUUCAUUCAAGUGUUCAUGCGUUCAUUCAUUCAUGUAUUCAUUCAUUCAUUUGCGAGGACCGACCAUUAGACGAGGUUCAUCGUGGAAGAGCUUGGACAUUUUUUGGAGGCUUUUUAACAAGUGACUGAUGUCAAAGUUGGAUACAUAUGGGAUUAAUUUGUCUCUACUACAACAACAACAACAAACAUUGGAAGUUUGUGUGAGGAGGAAAAAAAUGUCUUUUUUAACCUCUUUUUCUUUCUUCUUGUACGAAAGUGAGGGACGAUUUUUCAUUUGAAACAAUUCUUUGGUCCACUUGUCAGGCUUUGGCGUGCUUGGCUGUCAGCUCGCGAGCUAACGUCAAUGAAAAAAGUGACUAAAUGAAGAACCACUAAGAGCAGACAUGUUUGGAGCCGCUUGCGGGCCGAGGAUGGCAUCCCGUGGUGAGGCUGCUCUGCCACUACUGCUUCUGGCGCUUGUGGUGGUGCGUGCCGCUGUGGGGGGCUACCGACGUAAUGUCACUUUGGCCGUCAUCUUGCCGGAGAGCAACACGGACUACCCGUGGGCCUGGCAGCGUGUAGGGCCCGCCCUGGAGCAGGCCGUUCGGACUGUCAACGCCAACUCCACCCUGCUCCCUGGCCUCCGCCUCGAAUACGUCUUCAAGAACAGCGAGGACAAAGACGGCAUCUGCUCGGAGUCCAUUGCACCUCUCAUGGCUGUGGACCUCAAGCUGGCCUAUGACCCGUGGGCCUUUAUCGGACCGGGCUGCUCCUACACCUCCUCCCCUGUAGGCCUCUUCACUACUCACUGGGAUGUCCCCAUGGUGACGGCCGGGGCCCCGGCCGUAGCCUUCUACGGCGGUGUGUACCCGUCUAUCACAAACACGGGCCCCACCCAUAAGAAGCUGGGCAGGUUCGCCCUGCGCAUCUGCGAGCACUUUGGCUGGCGGGAGCACGUCAUGCUCAUGUUUAACGACAACAAGGUGGAUGAUAGACCAUGCUACUUUGCAGUGGAGGGCCUCUACACCGAGCUGAAGAGCAUCAACAUCACGCUGGUUGACAGCGUCUUCGAGGAGAACAAGCCACCCAUCAACUACACUCAGAUCCUCACCGAAAUCCAGAAUGAAAGCAGAGUCAUGUUCGUCUGUUGCUCGCCUGACGUCUUCAGGAAGUUGAUGGUUCAAUUUCGCCACGCGGACCUUCCUCACGAGCAGUACGUCUUCUUCUUCAUCGAUGUGUUUGGCGAGAGCCUCAAGUCAGACCACAGACAGCCCUGGGCGCGAGGGGACGAGGAUGACGCCAUUGCGAAGGAGGCCUUCCAGAGUGUUAAGAUCCUGACGUAUCGAGAGCCUCAGAACUCUGAGUAUAAAGACUUUGUCCACAACCUGAAGGUGGACGCCAAGACCAUGUUCAACUACACCAUUGAGGACUCGUUGAUGAACAUCAUCGCUGGAGGCUUCUAUGACGGUCUGAUGCUCUACGCACACGCGCUCAACGAGACCAUGACUCCGCCCACCAUGCGGCCUCCAGGAAGAGUCGUCACCAGGAGGAUGUGGAACAGAACAUUUCAAGGUGUGACUGGGAUGUUGCAGCUGGAUGAGAAUGGAGACAGAGAGACCGACUUUGCUUUGUGGGACAUGAUAGAUACUAACAACAGUGCUUUUCAGACGGUUUUGGUGUACAACACUCUGGAGGAGCAUCUGACAGCCAUUCCUGGGACAUCUCUACACUGGCUGGGAGGAGCUUGCCCUCGUGAUGUUCCGGUGUGCGGUUUCAAGAAUGAUAACCCCGUUUGCCUGACCAAAACAAUCACCAUCCACCAGAUGGUCUCCAUUGUGGUCUUCUUCAUCCUCACUAUGAGCCUCACUGUCGCCAUCUUCAUCUACAGGAGGAUGAAGCUGGAGAAGGAGUUGGUGGCUCAGCUUUGGAGGAUUUCUUGGGAUGACAUCCAUAUGAGCAACCUGGACAAAGUGCUUCGCAGUGGCAGCAGGAUCACAUUGUCUCUGAGGGGCUCUAACUACGGCUCCCUGAUGACGACUGAUGGACACCUGCAGGUGUUUGCAAAGACAGGUUACUAUAAGGGGAACAUCGUAGCCAUCAAGUACACCAACAGGAAGCGCAUCGAGCUGAACAGAGAGGUCCUUUUUGAGCUCAAACAUAUGAGAGAUGUUCAGAAUGAACAUCUGACAAGAUUCAUUGGCGCUUGCAUCGACACUCCAAACAUCUGCAUCAUCACUGAAUACUGUCCCAGAGGCAGUCUACAGGACAUAUUGGAGAAUGACAGCAUCACGCUAGACUGGAUGUUCAAAUAUUCUCUCAUCAACGAUAUAGUUAAGGGCAUGGUGUUCCUCCACAACAGUGUCAUCCUCUCUCACGGGAAACUUAAGUCGUCCAACUGCGUUGUGGACAACCGCUUUGUGCUGAAGAUCACAGACUAUGGUCUGUGCAGUCUUCAGGCAGAGAGCCCAUCAGGAAAAGACUCUCAUUCUUACUACGCUCAGAGACUGUGGACGGCACCUGAACUUCUCCAGAUGGAAGCUCCACCUCCUCAGGGGACUCAAAAGGGAGACGUCUACAGCUUUGGAAUAAUCCUCCAGGAGGUGGCACUGCGUAGAGGAGUCUUCUACUUGGAGAGCAACCCACUCAGUCCGAAAGAGAUCGUGGACCGGGUGGUUCUGGGUGAAUGGCCAUGUCUGAGACCCACUGUCGACCCUCACAGUCACAGCCCAGAACUGGGUCAACUGAUGCAGCGCUGCUGGGCCGAGGAGCCCACUGAGAGGCCCGAAUUCAACCACAUCAGAAUGAUGCUACGCAAGCACAACAAGGAGUCCAGGACCAACAUCUUGGACAACCUGUUGUCAAGGAUGGAACAAUAUGCCAACAACUUGGAGGAGCUAGUCGAGGAACGAACACAAGCUUAUCAUGAAGAGAAACGCAAAGCCGAAGCUCUCCUCUACCAGAUUCUACCACACUCGGUGGCGGAGCAGUUAAAACGUGGCGAGACGGUUCAGGCCGAAGCCUUUGACUCUGUCACCAUCUACUUCAGCGACAUAGUGGGCUUUACGAGCAUAUCUGCAGAGAGCACGCCCAUGGAGGUGGUGACGCUACUCAACGACCUGUACACGUGCUUUGACGCCAUCAUAGACAACUUUGAUGUUUACAAGGUGGAGACCAUCGGCGAUGCGUAUAUGGUGGUCUCGGGGCUGCCAGUGAGGAACGGGAAGCUGCACGGCCGAGAGGUAGCACGUAUGGCCCUUGCCCUGCUGGAUGCCGUCACCAGCUUUAGAAUUCGUCAUCGACCUGACGAGCAGCUCAAAUUGAGGAUCGGCGUCCACAGUGGUCCAGUUUGUGCAGGAGUGGUGGGUCUGAAGAUGCCUCGUUACUGUCUGUUUGGGGACACAGUCAAUACGUCGUCCAGGAUGGAGUCGAGCGGAGAAGCUUUGAAGAUCCACGUGUCGGCGGCCACCUGUGACAUCCUGCAAGAGUUUGGUUGCUUCCAGUUGGAGCUGAGAGGUGACGUGGAUGUGAAAGGCAAAGGGAAGAUGACCACCUAUUGGCUGCUGGGCGAGAGCAGCACCCAAUGAGUGCACCGGCUGUACGCAGGAAGAGGGAAGGUGUUUUGCACCACCAUCAGUGCCGCCGUCAAGUCGUCAACAUGUGACUAGAUCAACAAAUACCAACGCUGAGCGUUGUUUUUUUCAUCCAAUCAGACGAGCGGACACAUAUAUAUGUGGUCACCUGACUGACUCAAUGCCCCACCCACUCAGCUCACAAUCACUUCAGUCCUCACUGUGAGACUAUUGAGCAGCUCUAUCCACGAGAUAGUGGUGAUGUCACGUUUUUCAGCAAAAAAAACCCUUCCAGGUUUUAAGGUCAAACAAGUCCCACCUGUCUGUGUGACAGGAAGUGAAACAGCUGAUGACAGACCAAUGCACUGGUCUCCAUUGGUGCACUUUUAGGCUGUAUUCCUAAUUGCACAGUUUACAUACUUACACAAUCUUUUAAGUGCCUAAAUGCAAUGCAGUGUACUGUCUACCUACAUGUUGUACAUAAAAAAACUCAAAAUGGUGAGUGCACAGUGAUGGACACUUAGCACCAUCAAUUGUCGCCAUCUCAGGUAGUUAGCGGAAGGGGAGGAACUAACUUGAGUGGUUGCAAUUCAUCAAUAAAUAGGAGAGCGGAUUCUAAAUACUGUGAUAGUCAUUUCUAGUGAGUGUACAACAGUAAUGGAUUUGGAACAGAACUACACUGUCAAAUGCACACAAUCUGGAACUAAUGCCACAUACUUUUUGUAGUGUAGGUGUGGUAGUGUGUGUGUUGGUACAUAGCCUAGAACUUUGAGUGCAUAAGUGGCUCCAUAUUGGACAGGGAGGGACUAGCUCAAGUGUUUGCCAUUGUCACCAUUAAAAAGGAGUGAAGUAUUCCAUUUGAGACACGGCAUUACACUUCUGUGUACAUUGUGUACUUCACAGUGUAGUGCUGCUCCAAAUCCAUUGCUGUUGUUUUACAUUUACCAAAAAUAAGUAUAUUUACCUUAUUCUGUUCACUAUGGAUUGAUCGUUAGGUGCAAUUAAGUCCGUCGCCUUCCACUACCUUCCACCAAGAUGGCAACUAUUGAAGGUGGUAAGUGUCCAACAGUGCACUACUACUUUUAUCGUACUCAUUGUGAAAGGCACUUAUGCACUCAAAAGACUUAGUGUAAGUAUGCAAGUGCACCAAAUUAAACAGUUAAAGUGUACACAGUACACUUAUUCAAGUGGAAGUAUUUCAUUGUCACUGAAGUGUGACAAAAAAGGACUUUUAGUUGAAAAGGUUUUUAUUGAAUACAAGACAAAGAAAUGUACAAAUGUUCCCUCCAGACAUAAAAAGUUAACUGUCAUCACUUCCACUC